GCAGAGGUCACACAUGAUUCAACAUGGACGCAUACAGUUGAAGUGGUAACGUUACCUGCUGCUUGCGAAAUGAAAAUAGUUUAUAAAAUGAUUGUAAUUUUUUUCACUUAAAUAGAAGAGAAUCGCGGAUAUGGAGAACAUGGCGGUUGCUGAAUAGACUGUCAUCUACGAUUGCGAUGAAUUCACUCAAUGCUGGCUCGUGUUUACAGAGGCUGUGUAUCUUCUCCAUGUCUCUGUUCAGAAACAAACCUCCUCCCUCUCAGAUCACAUGUGUGCACCACACGGCCUGUGAACAGCAGUGUUCAAGUCCAGACUCUUCCUCCAGUGUCAGCAGUGUGAAGAAGCCCCUCAUCCCCAGCUCUGAAACUGGGGAUGAGGGUCCUCCGUCUGCCCCUACCCACUGCUGCAUGAGUGGCUGCCAUAACUGUGUGUGGAUCGAAUAUGCUGAGAAACUGCUGAAAUAUUACAGUGACGGCGGAGAGAGAGCUCUGGAGGCCAUCGAGAAGAACGUUCUAGAUGACAACCUGAAGGCUUAUCUGAAAAUGGAGAUCAAGUUACUGAAGAAGACGUGAUGAUAAUGAACUGGAGAUUAACAGAGCACUGAAAAUGUUGCAUAGCACUGGUUGUUUGCACUGUUUUUAUAGGUGAGUCUCAGGCCAAAAUCGCAUAUUUCCAUGCUACACAGAAUGUACUUUUCGAACGGUUGUGUAGCAAAUUCAAAUCCAAAUGUAGUACCUACUAGAGUGGUAGGCGAUUUAGGACUCAGUUUGUCAAGGCAAAACACAGCAACAAAUCUUUUUCUUACCUUAAAGUUUUGUUUAUAGUCCAAAUAUCUACAAAUUCUUAUAUCAAGAAGCAGUAACUAGUGUAUGUGUGUGAGUGUGUGUCGAUUUAAAAUAAGAUUAUUUUGCUCACCCCAUUGCCAGAUUAUUUUGCUUGUUUUAAGGAAAAACACUUAAUUUUGGCAUAUUAUUUCGUAAAUCAAGACAGUACAUUUAGCUUGUCUAGAAAAUGAUUCUUGAUUUAAGAAUAUUUAGAUAUUCAGACUAGAGACAAGACAAAAACUGUAAGUAAGAAAAGCAUUUUUGCAGUGAAAAAAAAAAAAAAAUAUAUAUAUAUGUAUAUAUAUAUAUGUAUGUGUAUAUGUACACUUUUAAUUGUUUUCUUUACAUUAGGCUAAAGCAAAACAAUAUGAAAUGCAAAAUUAACAGAUGCACGUAAAAAAAAAAAAAGUUUUUGCUU